AUGCCUAUCCACGCACUCUCAACUGACGCGAUUAGUACUAUCAGUUCCUCGCAAGUUCUGACUGAUUCCUCAAGCGUCGUUAAAGAGCUGUUGGAAAACUCGAUAGAUGCUUUGGCAACAUCAAUUGCGGUCGAAAUUUCCGCCGAUACUGUCAGCACCAUUCAAGUUAAUGACAAUGGCCAAGGAAUUUCCUUAGAGGACCGCCACCAUCUGUGCAAGCGAUACCAUACGAGCAAGAUCAGGGACCUGGCCGACCUUAAGCAUGUUGGCUGUCGCUCACUCGGGUUUCGAGGAGAGGCUCUAGCCAGUGCUGCUGAAAUGAGCGCGACUUUGCACAUAACGACGCGCACUUCCAGAGAUGUGGUGGCUACGAAAACGUCUUUCAAAAGAGACGGUCAAGUGGAAAGCAUGGUUCCAAUCUCACACCCUGGGGGAACGACUGUCCGUAUCGGCGGACUUUUUAAGCAUUUGCCUGUGAGGAGACAGGCAGCUCUCAAAUGUGCAUCGAAGACUUUGACAAAGAUAACGCGUCUAAUGCAAGCUUAUGCAUUGGCUACACCAUCUGUUAAGUUGUCUCUAAAAGUUCUCCAGGCAAAGAAUGCAAAGGCCGAUUGGAGCUACGUCCCUCAGUCAGACAAGACGACGGCUGAAGACUCAGUCCUGAGAAUUUUUGGGAAGGACUUAGCACAUCAAUGUCAAUACGUGGCUAGAUCAUGGGCCGUCAUCAGAAAUGGGUACUCUGAAAGACUAAGCUCCAGUCAUUCAGAAGAGCAGCCACAAUAUGACUGUUUCAAAAUUGCCGCCAUUUUUCCCAAGCGUGGCGCUGACUUUCGUGAUAUCAAUGAUAAGGGACAGUUUGUAUCUGUAGAUUCACGCCCAAUGUCAUGCGCAAGGGGUCCAAUGAAACAGAUUCUCUCGCUGUACAAACAAUAUCUCCAUAUGGAACUAUCCGAUAAAAGUAAAGCCAAGAAUCCGUUUCUUUAUUUGAGAAUAUUCUGUCCGGAGGGCAUUUACGACCCAAAUGUUGAACCAGCAAAAGAUGAUAUUUUAUUCGAGAACCCAUCGCUCCUGCUUUCUGCCGUCGAGGAAUUAUUCCGAGCAGCGUACGAAACCCCACAAAAUGCACCAAUGAAUGAUCAAUCUUCCAUUGCUUUGAAAGAUGGGGGAAAAGAAGCAUCUUUGAAUCUACCUGCGCCGAAUACGAAAGUCGACAAUAGUAAUAAUCCCGACAAUUCGGACGUCCCGGCGUCACUUUUAUUUGGACCAUUCAAUGAUAACGCUGAAGCGGACCAGUCAAAGGCGUCAAUCUUUCAAUCAGGUUCAUCUUACGAACCAGUGCGUUUUGGCAGCCAACCUAUUCAACAAGAAGGAAUCAGUCUCGAUGGUGUGCUUGAGAAGGAACAUCACUCUGCCUGGCAUUUCAAUAUGUACGGCGGUGAUGAAGACGAGGAAGACUCAGAGGCACACGUUUCUGCUGUGGAAUCUGGUACUCUCAGCUGUGAGGUCGAUCAUGUUGAAUCAGACUAUGCAUCGAAAAAUAUCAAUCUCUCCAACCCCUGGAUCAUUGCGAAAAUGAAUGCACCAAAACGCCAUCAGCCUAUCACACUUGGAACACAGAGUUGGCCUAAUAAUGAGGAUGACUCGAGGCCAAUUUCUCCUGAGAAAAGUCAAAGCUUGACACCGCACAGGGCGUCCAUGCCGUCCUCUCCGAAAGCUGCCUGCCUGGCCACACCGACAGAGCAUAGAACCGUGCUACCUACACCGAGAUAUACUAAACAAAGGUCAUGUUCACACGAGGAUACUCUCUUUGAUACGCCUAUUUCGGCAGCAGCCAGAAGGGAACGAAGACGGGCUCGGGAACUAUAUGGAAGAGGUGCAUUAGACACGCAAAUCCAACGUAUCCGCAAUGGGCAACGCCAAUAUACGGAACAAGGUAGCACCUGUUCCCCUGCUUAUGUCUCUGAAUCAGAACCCUUGAGUCCGGAAAUCUUACCUCAAUCUAGCCCAAAUCCUCCUAUUGGCUUUGUUAGUGCGGGGUCCCUUCGACGGGAUGCGCAGCUCCUGCCAAAUACGUGUGAAGAAGUUCCAGAUGAUCCGAGGCAAGCAUCAUUUCAAACACGUUUAAGAAAGCCCUUCGUAUCACCGCUGAAGUCGAAGCAAAAGGCGCCACACGAGAUUCUUCGGAUCCCACAGGACAUUGGCCAACCGUUCUUUGAGCUUCCCAAGAGCACGAACAGCUCGCAAAGACGAAAACAUAUUGAUGAAUAUUGUUUGCCGAGGGAAGAUCUGAGUUCCGUCCAAGAAUUUAGCGAAAGUCCAAUCGCUGCAGAUAUUGAAGAAUCGCUUGAUUACGAACGACGCAAACAAUUACUCAUCCAGCAACGCAAACCUCUGCUUCGACCAGACAAUCCAUCGGAAUCCCGUGAUAAGGGCAACGCAGUCUUACAGGCUCCUUUAUCUCAGGAAAGUUCCCCUCACAUGAACAGAUAUCAUGCUGCAGUAGCCAAGCUGUCAGGCGAACGCACCGCUUCCGUCGACAUUGUCUCUAAAGGCUUCGCCAUCGAUGAUCCCCGGGCAUACCUGAUUCGACUGCGGAAGAAAGGUGAUCAGUCUGAGGCUUCGAUAAGGCGCAGCGGCAGAAGACUGAAGACUACUAUGCUUCCUUUUGAACGUAUAUCCAGUUUUAGUAAAACAAAUGGUUUGUGCUUGAAUAUUUCCACCGAGACCGGAACGCUCGCCCGAAUGCUUGAGUGGGACGAGCACACCUGGGGAUUCGCAGAAAGCAAAGAAAAAGAACUAGGACUGUCAGUUCCGCUUGAUGAAACACCCACUUUGAAUGAACGCCUUGAUCACCUCAUGCAAAAGUGGUAUCGUCACAAGACGGGAAAAGACACUAACGUCAAAUUGAAUGUUGCUCCUGCGCUAAAAAAGCAUUUACAAUUGCAUAUGUUUGCACCAGAAGAUGGCUUCAUUGCCUAA